AUGAAAGCGUUAACUUCACCACAGCCUCACAGGCACGGAAUGAGAAGGGUGUCGAAACCUGUGAUGGAGAAACGCAGACGGGAGCGGAUCAACCGCAGUUUGGAGACCUUGAGAGUUUUAAUGCUGGAGCAGACGCGCAAUGAGAAGUUAACAAACCCCAAAGUGGAGAAGGCCGAAAUCCUUGAGAGCGUAGUGCAAUUCUUGAAGUCGAACAAGAAGGAGGAGAAAGGUCAGCGUGGAAAAACGUCGGUCUUGUCACCUAGGGAGCACGAUCACGAGCACCGGGAAGGCAUGAGGUCGUGUCUCCAGAGGAUCAGACGUUUCAUAGCCAGCGAUGAACGGGCGUCUAACCAAGGGUCUCCGGAGGCCCCUUCAGUGAGUGCGUCCUCACACGUCCACACUCUGUAUCCUCCGCAUCAGAGCCACCAUCAGCUCCGAGACAGCAUCUCCCAUCCUUACCCGAGCCAGGGGGGCGAGUAUCAGCAUUGUGACACCGGGAAACUGAUCUCCCCCCCCACAGCCUGCGCCCAGAGUCCGGACGCUGUGUGGAGGCCCUGGCCCCAGUGA